AUGGCUGCGAAUUUCUGGCUUUCAACUCAUUACAAGUACUGGCUUUUGACGAAAGAAGAGUUAGUUAUUUCGGCCGGACGCCAGGAGGACUUAAAAUACUUAACUGCAGAAGAAUACCAAAAAGUUCACAUUCUAUACGCAAACUUUAUUCAAGCGCUGGGCGAGCAUUUAAAACAUCGCCAGCAAGUGAUAGCAGCGGCUACGCAUUAUUUCAAAAGGUUCUACUCCAAAAAUUCGCUGAAAAACAUCGAUCCUUUACUUCUGGCGCCGACCUGUUUGUAUUUGGCCUCGAAAGUCGAGGAGAAUGGAGUGAUUUCGAACAAUCGGUUGAUUCAAACUUGUGCUACAGUGGUAAAGAAUAAAUUUAUGGCUGUGUUUAAUUGUGAAUAUCCAUACAGAAUAAACCAGGUAUGUUUUAUUAGCGUAAGCUGUGCAGUGUGCGGGUGGCUUGUGUCUGAAAAUGAACUACCUGAAAAAGAA